UUUUGGAGUUUAUUUAUACCUUAUGUCAGCAUUCGCCACGUCAUUACGUUUUUAUAAACGGAACAAGAUUUUGCUAUUAAUUUUAUGCAAAAAUAACAUUAACGUUUUAACAUAAUGAAUUUGCAAUACACUAAAGUCGGCAAACCUAUAAGAGUUAUGGUAGUAAAUCCACUUCUACCAACGUCGCAAUUGCUUAUUACAAAACUCUUGUCUGGAAUCAUUUUUGGUAUGAAUGAUUUCAUUGACUUGAUACUGCUAGUUUAUUCUAAUGAAAUGCGGAUUGCAAACGAAUACGUGCAAGAGCUAACGAGUUGUGGUUUUCCCUGUUUUAAUACAAUUAAAGCGACAUCAGAUUUACCACAUAUUUACGAUGCCGACUUGUUCUGCAUCAUGACAAACUUUGCCAACCCCAACGCUUUCGAUUUUUACAAAGAUUCUGAUGAACAAUUUGACACUCUCUAUUUAAUUUUGAAAAUAGCCCUAAGUUUAGGAAAACCUUUGACGGGUGUAGCUUUACAAGAAGUAUGCAAGAAAAAGGAGGAAGAAUCUCACCUACACCCCGUUGUCGUCUGCGAUGGAUUUGUAGUUAUGGAUGUAUUACAUAGUUUUUCUGAGAAUGUCCCCUCAGAAGUAUUUUAUUGCGCUACGCCUCUUAGAUCUAUCGCAAAGACUAUUUUGAGUGAUUAUCUUAAGGUACAAUGUCGUGAUAUUAAUGACGCGUAUGUGUGGGCUGUGAACGACGUAGACUUUCAUGUGGAAAUUGCAACACCCUACUUGAUCUACGAUAAUGUAAGCAGAGAAGAUGUCUGCGAUUGGGAUGCUAUGGGCAAAGAAGUUUUGGACAAACUUAAAUUAGACCAUGUGCAAUUCAAUGCAUCUUGGAUGAAGCGAGAAUUUAUCGAGAAGGUCGCCUCCACUUCAAGGGAGAAUCCUUAUGGCUGCAUUUAUAGAGCGGCAGAAGUAUCUAAAACAAUUCGUUAUAUUUUUCAAUCACGUUCAGACCGGGGUGAAGAGGACGAUUUGGUUACUAGUUUGGGAAUUAUUAGCGACGGUUCACUUGGAACUAUUAAAGGGUUACCUUAUAUAUUACCACUGCUCAUCCGCGACCAACAAUGGACCGUUAAUAAACGCUAUGAAGAGUCCAGUCAUUUGAGAAGCGAGAUAAAGAGAAUUAAUCUGAUAGCGAAAGAGCAUCAUGCACAGCUCCACCAGUACUGCAAGAAGUUUUUGGAUGAGAACAUAACCAAGCACGUUUUCAUUCCGGACGUACAAGACAGUGAAAGCGAGGACUCGUUUUGCUACAUGGGUAUUAGUACUCGAACCAGCGAUUCAUGAAAUGGUACGUAUAGUGUUGUUAGCUUUUUGAUUAAUUUACUGUUACUAAUAGUUAAAAUAAAUUUUAUUGAUGUUAACUCUU